AUGUUUUCGAUAUCCACUAGAUGGAACCCGACAGUGGCAGGGAUUGCGUUGAGAACAUAUCGAACGACGGUUCUUGGAAUUGAGGCAAGUUGCGACGAUUCCGCCGUGGCCUUAGUCAAUGGCGAUGGAGAAGUUCUGGCACGUAGAGCCUAUGCAAAUCGAGAGAUCCAAGCCCGACUUGGCGGAAUUGUGCCUUCAAUAGCCGCUGAACAGCAUAGAAAUCACUUGAUGCCAAUGAUCGAUGAAUGCCUUCGAGAAUCGGGUUGUCAACUACAAGAUCUCUCCGGUGUUGCCGUAUCGAAUCGACCCGGAUUAGUUGUUGCGUUGAAAGCCGGAGUGCAAGUUGCACUGAAUAUAGCGAGGAGAGCCCGCACCAACCUCAUCCCAAUCCAUCACAUGCGGGCACACGCACUUUCGGCUCUAUUGGUUAAUAAAGAGAUUCGUUUUCCGUUUAUCGCCGUUCUAUUAUCGGGUGGACAUUGCCUUUUUACCGUUUGCGAUUCACCGGACAAUUUUCGUCUUCUCGGGCAAUCAUUUUCUGGAUCGCCUGGAGAAUGUCUUGAUAAGGUAGGGCGAGAAAUUGGAGUGCACACAUUGCCCGAAUACCAACAUCUGCAUAUUGGAGCCGCUGUUGAAAGGCUCGCAAAAAUUGCCUCAUCUAACGGUCACUUUCGAUACACUGUGAAUGGUCCAUCUACAUCAUGGGCUGCUGACACGGAUUUCUCUUCAAUCAAAGCCUCAUUUCUGAUGUUGAUCUCCAAAGAAGGAUCAUCAAUUUGUAUAGAAGAUUUUUGUGCAAGCGUACAGUUUUCCAUCACUCGACAUAUCGCCUCACGCUUGCACGCAGCAUUAAAUUUUCUGCGAGAAAGUGGAGACUUAGAAAAGUGUCAGCACGUUGUCAUUGGCGGUGGUGUUGCAGCGAAUGCCUACAUUGCACAAGCGCUCUCAAAGGUUGUUUCUCACUAUGGUCUUCGUUGCUUUCAGAUCCCUAAAAGUUUGUGCACAGAUAACGGAGAAAUGAUUGCUUGGAACGGGAUUUUAUCACUCAAUCACAGAUCAUCAGCAGUUAUUCCGUGGGAUAAGAUACCCGAUCAACUUUAUUGUCUAUCACGGGAAGAUAUCGGUGACGAUAUCCGUGAGCGAGUUCAGAAACCGAAAGCGAAAAUCUCCGCCGGCUCUCUUCAUCCUAACUUGCCGCUGAGGAUAACGAAGUAUUCU